GUAUGUUGGCUCGUCAAAUGAUGCUGCCACGUUUGGCUCUCCGCGCAGUGCACACCACCGCCCGUCUGUCCGGAGGACAGGAAUUCUACUGGGGACCCGAUAAGGCCGCUGGACGCGAGCUCGUCGGAUACGGAGCAAAUGGAGAUAACAUCUACCAAGAUCGUCUCGACUACUGGUAUCCAGCUAUUCGAUUCCGCAAGGAGGACAGUGUGAUUGCCCCAAUUCGCGCCAAGGAGCAAGCCGACUGGAAGAACUUGUCUGCUGAGGAGAAGAAGCUCUUGUACCGCUACAGCUUCCGUCAAACGCUGUCCGAAUUCGAGGCUCCAACCGGAUACUGGAAGGUGAUCUCCGCCGUUAUCCUCUCCGUGCUCGGACUUUGCACCUAUUAUGCUGUUCUUCUCAACGUCUGCGUGUACCCAGAACUGCCGCCAACCUUCCAGAACGAGUACAAGGAGGCUCAGGUUGAGCGUGCGCUUGUGCUCGAGAAGGGACAAUUCCUCGGUGCACCGACACACUACGAUUACGAGAACAAGAAGUGGAAGUAAAAUAUAGAGAUUCAGCAGAAAUAAAAUAAAAUUUUUUUGUAGCUUCUUUCUCGUUUUUAUAAUUCUCUCUUGGUUGUCGUCGCUCCCCCCGCCCCAUCACUCUCUCGUCAAACAUUCAAGCUUACCUUCUUCUUCAUCGCCCCAACCCUCAUCUGAAACCUAGAUAAGCUGUAAAUCUCUCCUAGCGGUCGAACGCACUGACCAAUUCUUUCGUCUCCCCCAAUUUUUUCUUCAAAUUUUCCAAGUGGUUCGGCUUCUUGAGAGAUGGGCUGCCCUGUAAACCAGAAAUAAAUAGAUUGAAUGUUGCUGUU